CGACUCGAAAGGCGGGACUGGCCGAAGUUGCAAAGGCGGAUCGAGCUCGAAGCCGGCGUGUUGUGGCGCGUCGAAAACGAACCUUUCCUCUCUCUCUCUCGCGCCCUCUCAUUCUCUCUCUCUCUCUCUCUCUCUCUCUCUCUCUCUGUCUGUUUAUCUGUCUUCUUUAACCGUGAACGAGUAAGCGAGGGAGCGAGCGCGCGCGGUGCUCGGCGCGAUCGCGCGCGCGGUACGAUUCGAGUCGCCGCCGUCGAGGAACGUCGUACGCGCGGACGAGAGAGCACCUGCCACUUUUUCUCGUAAUAUCAUAGCCAAAGCGAGCAAAGGAGAUUCUUGAACGAAAACGCAUCAAGUGUGUUUUUAUAUCGAAGGAGGACAUUUCGAUCAGGAUGAACGCGAGAACAAUCUCGAUCUUCCACGGGAUGAGCAGAACGAGAAGACAGAAGGGUUCGUGAAAAGAUGUUGGUGCCGCAGGAAAUGAUGGCGGCUCAGUCGAAGAUGCUCUAUCAAAUCAACAAGUAUUACGGAGAACGCGUGCAAGCACGUAUGGGACAAGUACAGAAGACGAUAAGGGAAGUUUGUAAGGUCGUGCAGGAUGUGUUAAAGGAAGUAGAGGUACAAGAGCCACGUUUCAUAUCCUCACUGACCGAGUGCAACGGUCGUUACGAGGGUCUAGAAGUGAUUUCACCGGGGGAAUUUGAGGUUGUGCUAUACCUGAAUCAAAUGGGCGUCUUCAACUUCGUCGACGAUGGCACCCUGCCGGGUUGCGCUGUUUUAAAGCUUAGCGACGGCCGCAAAAGGUCCAUGUCUCUUUGGGUAGAAUUCAUCACCGCGAGCGGUUACUUGUCCGCGAGAAAGAUCCGAUCGAGAUUUCAGACCUUAGUGGCCCAGGCCUGUGACAAGUGUACUUAUCGAGAUUCCGUUAAAAUGAUAGCCGAUACUACCGAGGUAAAGCUACGUAUUCGAGAGAGAUAUGUUGUUCAAAUCACGCCGGCAUUCAAGUGUUCCGGCGUAUGGCCGAGAUCAGCGGCUCAUUGGCCGAUACCCCAUAUUCCCUGGCCUCAUCCUAAUCUCGUCGCAGAAGUCAAAACCGAGGGUUUCGAUCUUUUAUCAAAGGAAAGCGUUGCUUUGCAAGGGAAACAAUCGGCGAUGGAAGGAGACGCCUGGGUAUUAAGUUUUACCGAAGCCGAGACCAGACUAUUGCAGGGUGGCUGCCGACGCAAAUGUUUGAGCAUUCUCAAAACUCUUAGAGAUCGACAUCUCGAUCUUCCUGGCAAUCCUGUAACGAGUUAUCACAUGAAGACCUUACUCCUUUAUGAGUGCGAGAAACAUCCUCUCGAAGCUGAAUGGGAUGAGGCUUGUUUGGCCGAUCGAAUGAACGGCAUAUUCUUGCAACUCAUUUCCUGUCUCCAAUGCCGAAGAUGUCCUCAUUAUUUUCUACCGAACCUCGACUUGUUCAAAGGAAAAUCACCCAGCGGUUUGGAGAACGCCGCUAAACAAGUUUGGAGACUGACCAGAGAAUUGUUGACCAACAGCCGUGCCCUCGAAAAACUUUAGCGAUCUUUCCUUAGACGCAACAUAUCUUUCGUGAUACUUGAUUAAAGAUAAAAGAAAAGACAAGUGUGCAUUAAUGAACUGUUCUUGGGAUAAAAGCCUCCCUUUAAUUCGCCGCAUCAUUUCGCGCAAUAAGGUUACAAUUAAUUCUCUGUUAUUUACUUUAAAUAUGAAGCAUAUUUGAUUUGAAACGUAUCGAAAGUUCUUCACUUGCCACUUCACGUAAUGCUUUUCGUUUAAUCAGCUGAAUGUUCGGUUUAAAGGACGAAGAAUGAACAUUCGGGAUUUCACAUAUUUCGUGAAAAAAUCCUACUUUCUUAUAUAAAUCUAUUAUUCCCCUAUAUACAUCUAUUAUCCAUCGACAGAAAGCGUAUUGUAAUUCUGUCUGUUUCAAUCUUAAAAAAAAUAAAAUCAAAAACAUUUAUAAACAUUUAUAGAAGCGAGCUUACGGCAAAAGAAAGAACUGCGAUUUCAUUGCGCAUCGUUACAUGUAAAUAAUUUUUGAUAUUAUUUAAACGAUAUUUAUUAUUAAUAUACCUAAUCGAAUCGCUAUUAAAA